AUAUAAAACUGUUGUUCACGAAUACCAAUAACACAAUCUUGUCUUACGUACUCACAAAAUGUUCAGCAAAAUUUUAGCUUUCGGCGCCAUGUUGGCCGCAGCCAACGCCGGUCUGCUGGGCGGACACGGCCACGCCGUCUCCUCACAGAGCAUCGUCCGCCACGACGCCGGCCACUACGCCGCACCGCUGGCCUACGCCGCCCACGCCGCACCGCUAACCUACGCCGGCCACGCCGCGCCCGUAGCCUACGCCGCUCCCGUGGCCCACGCCGUCCCCCUGGCGUACGCCCCGGCUGCCCACUACGCCGCCCACGACGAGUACGCUCACCCCAAGUACGACUACUCGUACUCCGUGGCGGACCCCCACACCGGCGACCACAAGUCGCAGCACGAGACCAGAGACGGCGACGCCGUCCACGGCUCCUACUCGCUGCUGCAGCCCGACGGCUCCGUGCGCAGCGUGCACUACACCGCCGAUGACCACCACGGAUUCAACGCCGUCGUGGAGAACUCCGCCCCCGCUGUCCAUCCCCACCACGCCCCUGCCUACCAUCAUUAUUGAUACCAGAUAUAAUUUUAACUAAGUUAUUUAUACUUUUGU